GUCUUGCUCUGUUACCCAGGCUGGCGCGCAGUGGUGCUAUCUCGGCUCACCGCAAUCUCCUUCCCGGCUCCAGAGAUUCUCCACCUCAGCCUCCUUGGUAGCUGGAACCACAGGCACGAGCGAGCACGCCCGGCUAAUUCUUUGUAUUUAUAGAGAGGGGGUUUCGCCAUGUUGCCCAGCUUAGGUCUGUCUUAAAGGAGCUUCUUCCGGCCAGGCGCGGUGGCUCACGCCUGUAAUCCCAGCACUUUGGGAGGCCGAGGCGGGCGGAUCACCUGAGGUCGGGAGUUCGAGACCAGCCUGACCAACAUGGAAAAACCCGUCUCUACUAGAAAUACAAAAUUAGCUGGGCGUGGUGGCGCAUGCCUGUGAUCCCAGCUACUAAGGAGACUGAGGCAGGAGAAUAGCUUGAACCCGGGAGGCGGAGGUUGCGGCGAGCCGAGAUGGCGCCAUUGCACUCCAGCCUGGGAAUCAAGAGCGAAACUCUGUCUCAAAAAAAAAAAAAAAAAAAGCUUCUUCCUUGACGGUUCCCUUUUCCCAGGAAAUUCAAAUGCCUCAUUUUAUCCCUCAUCCUCUUGGCCUUUGCAAUCUUGCUCCCAAGGCUCUUCCCUGCCCGUCAACUCUCUCACUUGGGAACACGGCUCCGUAAGCCUCUGCCCAAUCCUUCUCACCGGCAAGCCCUGCGCCCCAGAGCUCUGCGCAGGGGAAUUCGAGUGCAGAGGGCAGCAAGCAUCCGCAGGGAUCUGGCUCAACUCCUUAGACCGGUUCUUCACCGUCAGUGACUCUCCCCUGACAGAUAAGGGUAGGAUUUAGAAAUGAGAAAUGGAAGCACUGGCUGGGCGGUAGCCGCUACCAUGGCUUCCCGUGUGGUCCUCAUCACAUGCUAUUGUAUCUGUUAAUUUAUUAGGCGCAGGGCCGGCUCUGAGGGAUCUAGUGCCAGGACAAAGCCAGGCACUGGUGAAUGAGCAAACACCUGUGUAUAUCUGCUUCUUCCAGCCCUACCUGCUCCAUACCCACCCCCAGCGCAGCAUUCGAAUCUUUAUGAUCUCGGCGUCCGCAGUAGGGAAUUUCGACGCAAGCUGGCGUCAGCCUCAAAUUCCCGCUCUGGCCACAAGGCUGACUAAAGACUGAUGCAUGCCGGGAUGAGGCCCCGCUGAUUGACGAAUCUCUUGCGACGCUGAAAUGCAUUUCGGGAGAUGUAGUCACACAGACACCGGUGGCUGCGCAGCGUAGCUCCGCCUUCUGCGUGCGAGGAAGCGGGGACGUGUGAGGUCACUUCCUGCGUGUUGGGUGGCUUCCUGCGGCGUUUCCACUCUCGCUCUCCUUUCGUUGCCUGAUCGCCGCCAUCAUGGGUCGCAUGCAUGCUCCCGGGAAGGGCCUGUCCCAGUCGGCUUUACCCUAUCGACGCAGCGUCCCCACUUGGUUGAAGUUGACAUCUGACGACGUGAAAGAGCAGAUUUACAAACUGGCCAAGAAGGGCCUGACUCCUUCACAGAUCGGUGUAAUCCUGAGAGAUUCACAUGGUGUUGCACAAGUACGUUUUGUGACAGGCAAUAAAAUUUUAAGAAUUCUUAAGUCUAAGGGACUUGCUCCUGAUCUUCCUGAAGAUCUCUACCAUUUAAUUAAGAAAGCAGUUGCUGUUCGAAAGCAUCUUGAGAGGAACAGAAAGGAUAAGGAUGCUAAAUUCCGUCUGAUUCUGAUAGAGAGCCGGAUUCACCGUUUGGCUCGAUAUUAUAAGACCAAGCGAGUCCUCCCUCCCAAUUGGAAAUAUGAAUCAUCUACAGCCUCUGCCCUGGUUGCAUAAAUUUGUCUGUGUACUCAAGCAAUAAAAUGAUUGUUUAACUAAAA